AUGAAGCGUGAAAUACACUGCCAGGACUUCGACCUUGGGUCAGUGCCAGCGACUCCACUCUACGCAAGUCAAAGCAGUGAAAAUGAGCCUUAUGUCUGGGUUCGAGGGAGUAAGCCGCGGACGUCAGCUAGUUUCCUGAAGGGCAUUGUCGACAUGGGAAGCAACGGCAUCCGAUUCUCAGUCUCCGACCUCUCCCCACCCCUCUCGCGCACCCUCCCAACCCUCCACGCAUACCGCCUCGGAAUCUCGCUCUACGACUGCCAAUUCGACGAAACAGGCACCCGGGUGCCCAUCCCCCACGACAUUAUCGAGAGCGUCGUAGCAGCCCUGAUCCGAUUCAAGAUCGUCUGUUCUGACUUUGGGGUCCCCGAACGCAACAUCCACGUCGUGGCGACAGAGGCAACCCGCGGCGCAAUCAACUCCCUGGAAUUCGUAUCGGCAAUAGUAAGACGAAGGCCGGAUCGGCGCCCUGGGCGUCGCGAGCGGGUUCUCCGAAAUCGAGGGGCUGAUGAUGGACCUCGGCGGCGGGAGCACGCAGCUAACGUGGAUCAUCUCGCGGGAUGGGAUGAUUCGCACGAGCCCACAGGGCUCAUUCAGUUUCCCAUAUGGCGCUGCGGCGCUGACUCGCACGAUCGCCGACCUAACGAAAGACAAGCCCAAGCACGAAGCCGACAAAGCGCUGGAGAAGCUGCACGACGAAAUGGUCGCGAGCUUCCAAGACGCAUACGCCAACCUGCAGAUCCCCGGCCCGCUCGCAGACAAAGCAAAACGCGACGGCGGCUUCACGAUCUACCUCUCCGGCGGCGGAUUCCGCGGCUGGGGAUACCUCCUGCUCUCCGUGGACCAAGAGCACGGGCACCACUACCCGAUCUCCCAGAUCAACGGGUACGCCGUGGGAAAAGACCGGUUCUCAAGCACAGAGGCCCUAGAAGAGGUCGCGCGCAAAGCCCACUCGAUCUUCCGAGUUUCCGACAGACGCCGCACCCAAGUCCCCGCCGUGGCAUUCCUCGUGCAGGCCCUGACGAGCGCCAUCCCGCACGGCAUCAAGGAGGCGCGGUUCUGCCAGGGAGGCGUGCGCGAGGGGAUCCUCUUCCGCGAGCUCCUGCCCGCCCGGUACGCCACGGCCUCAAUCCGCGACCUCCGGACCCUCCUUCACAGCUGCAUCCCCGGCCCAUCGCAGACGCAAAACACCAUGCUCUUCCCCCCCGCCAUAACGAGCCACGUCAUCAACGCCUUCGCGAACAUCAUGUACGUGCACACCAUCAUGCAGAAGGAGUCCGCGUCCACGGCAGCGCUGUACAGCACAAGCGUGGGCAUCAUGUCGUCGACGCACGGCAUCUCGCACGCCGACAGGGCGCGGCUCGCCCUGAUGCUGGAGUCGCGGUAUCUAGGCGAGCUGCCGCCGCGGGAGAUCGAGUUCCGCGAGUGGCUGCGGCGGAUCAUCACGGCCGAGGAGGUGUGGUGGGCGUCGUAUUUGGGCCGUGUUGGGUACCUGAUCGGGCGGCUGUACCCGGUUGGGGUGAUUGA